ACGGCGUCCGGCGAGAGCUGCCUCAGUGCGCAUGACGCGAGGCAACGCGGCUGCACUCGAGUCAAAAUGUAAAUCCCGUUAUCUCAGGACUACCUCGACUAAGGACGCGCGGGGUGCUGCUCCUCCUCUCGCUGUAGUAGUGAUCUCACCGCAUGCGGUGACAGGACGCGACGUGCCGCUCCGACGUGCGCGAGGAGCUGCGGCUGCACGCUCCUCCGGACCCGGCGAGCGCCGAUUGGAGGCGACUUUAAUUGGUUUCCCGAGGGACGCGCCGUAACUUGUGGGAUUUCGAGCGGGCACCGGGGCGACCGCUCGGUCCGAACGCGUUUUGGUGCAGAGGACCCACAGGAUACUACUACUACUGCUUGCGUUUGCACAAAGAAGCGCGUCCGGCUGGAUUUACGCUGCAGUCCACUUCACGCCAACUGCAUUGCCACAAGUGUGAGGGAGAGCGCGCGCGCGAGAGAGCGAGGGAGCGAGAGAGAGAGAGAGAGAGAGAGAGAGAUCUGUUAUGAAACUAUGCGCCGGUGUGCGUUUCUCGUCCACUCUUUGGUGAAUUUGCAGACAUAUAUCCUCAAGUAGUGCGUUUUGACUGUCUCUCAGCCACAUAUGAAGUCACUCCAUCGCAACAAUGAGACGACCCGGCGGGUUAACAGGAGGAAGCGGUGCCCGUAGAAGUGCCGCGGGAGCGCAGGACAGUGACUUCCAGAGGGCACCUGCGGACGAGUGAAUGCCGCCUCCGAUGUGGAGCUUGUCGCUGUCCGACGCGCGAGUGGUGCUGAAAUUUGGAUGAUGCCUGGCCUGCGUCUGCAAGGCUGCCGCUCCCUGCACCUCAACGAGGACAACGGCCGCUUCGUGCUGCUCGCCAUCCUCAUCAUACUGUACCUGCUGUGCGGCGCUGCGGUCUUCUCGGCCAUCGAGAGGCCGUCGGAGCUGCGGGCUCACGGCCGCUGGAACGGGACGCUCCUCAACUUCAGCGAGACCUUCAACAUCAGCCUGCAGGAGCUCAACUCUUUCCUGCGGGAGUACGAGGCGGCUAUCGCCGCCGGGAUUCGGGCUGAUGCUUUGAGGCCCAGAUGGGAUUUUACAGGGGCUUUUUAUUUUGUUGGAACAGUGGUGUCAACUAUAGGUUUCGGGAUGACGACGCCGGUGACCGUCGCGGGGAAGGUCUUCCUGAUCUUCUACGGGCUCCUUGGCUGCGCCGCCACCAUCCUCUUCUUCAACCUGUUCCUGGAGCGCAUCAUCACGCUGCUGGCGGUGGCCAUGAAGGCCGUGCGGGAGCGCCGCAUCAGGAACAGCGGCCUGCUGCCGCCCGGCAUCCGCCACGACUUCUCCGCCUACUCCCUCCCAGGCUGGAAGCCCUCCGUGUACCACGUGAUGCUGAUUCUGGGCCUGUCGGCCAUCACCAUAUCCUGCUGCGCCUCCGCCAUGUACACCCCCGUGGAGGGCUGGACUUACUUGGACUCCCUCUACUUCUGCUUCGUCACCUUCAGCACCAUCGGCUUCGGGGACUUCGUCAGCAGCCAGAGCGCCGCUUACGAACACCAAAGCCUCUACAGGGUCGCCAACUUCCUCUUCAUGCUGACGGGCGUGUGCUGCAUCUACUCGCUGUUCAACGUCAUCUCCAUUGUCAUCAAGCAGGUGCUCAACUGGUUGCUGGAGAAAAUGAGCUGCCUGUUUUGCCAGCGGUGCAACAAGGCGAGCGCCUUCCUCGGCAGACGCAACGCCAUUCGCCCGGGCUCCAAGGGCCGCCAGGGCCGCUGCGGCCAGCCCCCCGAGGCGGACGGGCCCGGCGACAGCGACGCCGAGGGCCGCCGGCUGUCGGGGGAGAUGAUCUCCAUGAAAGACCUGGCGGCCUCCAACAAGGUGUCGCUGGCCAUCAUGCAAAAGCAGCUGUCCGAGUCGGCCAACGGGUUCCCCAGGACGGUGUGCGGCAGCUCGCGCCACAACGGCUUCUCCGGGGGGGUGGGCGCCCUCGGCAUCAUGAACAACAGGCUGGCAGAGACCAGCAACUCCAGGUAGAGAUCGCCGGGAGGAAAAUGCAAGCGCGCGGGCACGGUUUGGCGACCAGUAACUCCUUAUGCAUGAUACUUGUGACUUUUUGGGAUGUAGCUGUGAGCCUGAGGCGAUGAUACAAGGUCCUCGGAUCCUCGAAAACAUCCGCGGAGCGUCCGCUGAUCCGGAAGCGCGGGCGUCACCCAUCGACCAAUCCAUACACCUCGAACCCAGAACAAAGCAGUUUAACUCGUUCCGCCUGCAGUGUUAGCGUGCACAGGGAAGCGUCUGAUUCUCGUAAAGGAGCCAAGGGAAGCAUGCACAGCAAUCCUUAUUGUUUUGGGCUUAUGCCAGUUUGUUUGAAUGUACAUACUGAAUGCUGAUAGUAACAAGUAAAGUGUAACCACAGAAUGAUAUAGCACAUAUUGAUCUAUGCAUUAUACUUCCCAUGCAUUUUUGCACCAUUUCUACACCUUGUAUUGAUUGUGAACCCCCCCAUUCUCAGCCAAUAGAUUUAUUGUCUGAGAGCGAACGUGGCCGCGAUGUAGCCGAGCCCAUUCCCACAAAGGCCGCGGAGAGGGCUGUUUUUUCACAGCGCGCCACGCUAACAGGCUACGAGUCGUCCUUUGCUACUUUGCCAGGCGGAGAAAGCAGCGGCGGAGAAUGAAAAUCCGGUCCUCGUGAGAGACAAACCGGUCUUCUUAUCAGCGGCAAACAUGCUCCAGCGGCCGAACACUUCGACUUAAAGGGUGAAAAGCAGGAGGGCGCCUCCCAGCUGUUUCUCUCUCUUCCUUUUGGAGCUCACAGCUAUUUUGCGGGGGGAAACAAAGGGAUAAAGGCCGACUAAUUACUCUUCGUAUGCAGACUGAAUGUAGACUUAUGCAUUUGUAAGGCGAAAUUAAUCCCAAGUGUGUUUAUAGUUGUUGGAGGUUGAGGGGGCGGAGAGCGAUGGAGAAGGAGGUCAGUCACAGCUAAAUGAUGCGGGCUCCGAUGUGUUUUCUCCUCUGAUCACGGGAGGCAUUUCUCCACAUACAGUCCAGCACGUUGCUCCCUCACACAAGCCAUGGUGUAAAAGCCUCUUGAUUUCAGUGCAGCGCAGCCAAAGUUUAACGGACGGAGGGUGUUUGUGGUGGACGCGGCUGCACCAUCGACGUCUCCUGAUGUCAACAUCUGGAUGUUCACAAACAGCGGAGGAAACUGAGAAACAGCGGUUUUCAUGUCCACUCUCCACUCAGAGCCUGCGUUCCUCUCACAGCGUCUGUCUCUUCACGUCACCAACACCUCAACCUGCUCCUUCUUUCUCGCAGAUCUCAGCGCUCUCUUAUUGCCCUGACACUGUGAAUACGAGACACGCCACAAACGUACUGUUCAUGUAUGUGUAUAUUCAUCGGAAUGUCCUCAACAAUAAGGCAAAGAUUGGAUAUGGAUCUAUUCUUUGUUGGUUUUUAUUCUUUAGUGCAUAGAUCUGAAUAAAUUACUCCCCAGUCUCACUAAGAGGAAUAGAGCAAAUGACUCAGGUAGUUAAAUCUUCAGGCUUGUUCGUUUUUUUCUGCAUGCCGUUAUGGUAAAGCCAUAAAACAUAGCUGUAUAUAAAACAGAGUACUCUAUGAAGUAUAUUUUUCUACAUGUAGCUCUUAAAUAUAUACACACGGAUGAUCGAGUUGAUGUCUCACCGUCGGAUGAUUGAUGAGAUGCAGCAUUUGGGAAUGAUGCGCCCUAAAAUGAAAACGCACACUGGGGUUUAUGAAGUAGACAGAGGUUUCGAUAUGUUUGGUAUUUUGGGAGACGCGCGUGUUUAAGCCUUCUUGCAGGAAGAUGGAUGAGACGCUACCGAGAGACUAAUAAAGCCACAGUUGUUCUUUUUACACUUUAGCUUAGCUUUGCUACGUCGGGUCGGAGGCGAAACCUUAACGUUCCUGGAUUUCAUUACAGGUGCUAGCCAAGAAUGUGUGUGGUACAGGUCAGGAUGCGGCGUGUUCAUUAGGCAGCUUGCCGUUUCUCUCUUUUCCCAGCCUUUAUACCACUAUUCUACUGUACUGGCUGUGUCCCAGGAUAUUUGACUCUGCCUACCAGCACUCAAGCUCACUAAUUAACACAUUUUACACCGUUGACAUGUAAAUCACAGUUCGACUACUUUUUUAUUUUGGUCCUGCGGCUGAACAUGGAUGCAUAGAUUUCCCAAGAUGUCAGCGCGCUCCUCUGUGGAUUUCCAGAGCGGUGACUCAAUAGCGGCGCAGUGUUGGUGAUGCGGUGGGUCACGCGCUGCCACGCCGCCGGCCUCGGAGCCGCGGGAGCACGCCGCCGUUUUGAAUACGGCGUCGCAAGCGAGCGAUGGCGCGGCUGGACUUUUGUUUGUUUUCCUCUGGGACCCGAGGUUAGCGUCACCACGGCGGAGGCAUCAGAAACGCUGGGGCCUCAGCGACAGCAUCAACUUCAUCACAUCGAUCCUUCCUUCCAACAACAAGCAUGCAUGUGUACAUUUCUGUGUCCAAACUAGUGUGUAAUGGCCUGAAAAUGAGAAUAAAAGGACUGAUAUGUAUUUUAAAUGCUUCCCUAAACACACGUCUCACAUACUAUUGGACUUUACAUGAAUAAAGUGCAUUUUCCAUAAGCCUGCAACACAUCAGGUUUAAGACCGUCAUAAUAGUAUUCUAGAGUAAUGUUUGCUCACCUAAAUUGCAUGCAUGGCUUGAUUCAAGCGCCUUACAUUAGUCCUUGCAUAUAACACAAAGGUUCCUCUUUGAAAAGAUUAGUGUGUAGAGCUUGUGGUGUUGUACUAUACAAUCUUUUUGCAUUUUGCAAAAUUGAUCUCCAUUGAUUGCAAUGGUUUCAAGUGCCCCGCUGUCCUCUGUGUGUCAGAGGAGACAGGUGGUCUUAGUAUUUACAGUAUGUUUGUUUUUGUCAUAAGGAAAAAUGCCUCUGAAAUGUGACAUCGCCGACUCUCCAUUUCAUUGUAAUUAAUUCCCCUCAUGUUCUCAUCAGCCACGUAAUUAGAUGAACGCGACGCAAGAUUCUCUAUUUGUACAUAUAAAAUAUGGUGAACAUAGCAGACGUGGAUCACAGCGCUGCACGGUUACAACUACAACUAUCAGUUUGAAUUAAACACACAAAUGAUCUUUCAUCAAUGCGUUACAGUAGUGCAUUGCAGCGAAAAGCACGUCGGCUGUAAAAUUGCCCCAUUAAAAUGUUUUGCUCCGGAGCCUUUACACACCCGUAAUGAAACUAUUCUCCAUAAAGCAGAGAUGUAGUUAGUGUUUAUCUUGAAAGCUGUUGAUGGUGCUAAUGGCGUUAUCCUUUAUUCAGCAAAGCUUUUACACUUCAGUGUUUUUUUUUUAUAUUUUAUCAGAAGCUUCGUUUCCAGAUCCACAGGAUGCGCCCACUCUGCAACCCGCGUUCAGAUGCCACAGGUGUCUGUGAUCCACUGCUAUGUUCACGUCUGGCUCUACCAUCACCGACACAACUCUACACCUUAGUGUGUGUCUCACGUUGCUUGCAUUGUGAUGUAACAUCCAGUUAAUGUAUGCAAAUGAAUUGUGUUUGCAAGUUGCACAUUUAUACCAAUGAUUGUACUUUUAUAUUUAUGUAAUUAAAAGUAAAACCUAUACGAAAAAGAAGGGAUUCCAUUAAA